GUAUGUGUACAUACUGUAACUUUUAAUAACAACAAAACAACACAGCGACUGUUUGUAUUCACUGAUAUACACUCAAUAUCAAGUUUCGCUUCAGAAAUUAUCCCUAUUAAGUGCCAGCAUUUUCUGUAAGGGGAGUUUUGACAUGCAGUCAUUUCCAUAUGGAAAGCGAUGUGAACGCGGCAGUGCUGAGAUGUUGGAAGUGUCGGAAAUGUGUAAUAGAUUCGAGAAGUCUUUUGACCAAGAGAAAUGCAGGUGGAGAGAAUGUUCCAGUAAAAUGCAGCAUUUGGCACAUCAAUAUUGAGGCUCUGCCUGACUGGAUUAUAGGACAUAUAGAGGAGGCCCAGUGGACAAUUGGGAAGCUGAACUGCCUGUAUUGUGGGGCUCGUUUAGGGGGUUUUAACUUUGUCAGCAGUGCAAAAUGUCCUUGUGGCCAGGAUGUAACCAUACAUCUCUGCAAGAGUCGGACUGACUAUUCGUUGCCAGUGUCAAGACCACCAAGUAAGGGAGCUGCUCUUUUUGUCCCCAAAUCACUGGAUGGCUUAAACACCCAACAGGGAAUGGAAGCAAGAGUGCCAGGGUUGAGCAGCACUAUGUUUUCCCAUGCUGUUAACGCUAAUAAUGAAAUUGGAAAAAUAACUGAAGCGCUUUGCCUUGAGGCAAGAUCAUGCAAAGGGGACUUCAAAGCUGCUAAUCCACAAGCAUUUUCUUCCUUUUCAGGGCCACUUAACGCAAGACGUGUUGUGAAAGCUUCACAUAGAAAAACACAUAGCUUGGAUUACAGCAGCACAGAUGGAAUGGGCAUUUCCAUGAGCUUCUCUGAUCUUCUUAAAGCAUACGCUUGCAAUUCUGCCCGGUCUGGCAGAUUGCAAAGGGUAAUACAGCCCCACAGCCAAAGAACCCGUUUGCAUCUAGUCACUGGGGCAACAUCUGGCACCUUUUGUCCAAACAGGGUCAGUUCAGAUGUUGAUCGCGAGCCAGACAGAUCUUCUCAAUGUGCUGUCAUGGACAUGGAGGGUAGAACGGACCAUCCUGGAGAACCAAAUGCACAAGUGCUUGUAGGUAACAGUACAACAAUCCGGGCUGUGGCUUUGAGAAGACGGUUCCCCUCUGAAAGUAGCACAGAGGAAGAGCAGGUAACGUCUGCGGCUAGCCUGUUACAGACUGGCCCCUCCACAUCACCUGCAGCAGAGAGAAGGUUAAGCAAGAGGGAGAGGAACAGGCUCAAGAGCCUCAGGAGGAAGCAGAGGAGAAGAGAACGCUGGAUACAGAGCCAGCUUCAGGAGCAAAACAAACAGAGUUCUGCCGGAAAUCUAACAAGCAGUGACGAUGAAGAUGUCCAUGGCAUUGACAAGGAUGGCUACAUCUGUGCUGUUUGUCUGGAUGUGUACUUCAGUCCCUACAUGUGUUACCCCUGCCACCACAUCUUCUGUGAGCCAUGCCUCCGCACUCUUGCCAAGGACAACCCCACCAAUACACCAUGCCCUCUCUGCCGGACCAUCAUUACAAGGGUCUUUUUCCAAACAGAUCUAAACCAUACAACAAAAACCUUUUUCCCAAAAGAAUAUUUAUCCAGAAAACAGAACUUCCAGAAAACUAGCUGUGCUAAGUGGCCUCUUCCAAGCUGUAGGAAAAUGUUCCAAAUUUUUGGAGGUUUUAGGAGGCAUGCAGACCGAAUUGCACAAAGACAGUUCCCGCAUGGGGGUUACAGAUUGGACUCUAUGGACUUUGACGAUGACUCUCAGGGCUGGCGAUUUGACAUGGACAUGGUGAUCGUCUACAUUUACUCUGUCAACUGGGUCAUUGGAUUCAUUGUUUUCUGCUUUCUUUGUUACUUUUUCUUCCCUUUUUAGUGCAUUAAUUCAAAGCCUCUCCCAGCAUUAACUAACUUAUUUUAGUUUUUAAUAGGCAAUAACAUAAUACAGUUUUGUUAUCUGAUUGAGUUUUUAGAUUAUGUAAAAUGGUGGUGUUUUUUUGUUUGAGGGGUUAUACAUGUAGUUUUCUAAAUGAAAUAGUGUAAAUUCCGAUACAUGUCAAGUGUUCCUUCAGGGGUUAUAUUGCAAAGUAUUAUGGUUAGAAUUAAAGAAAUUUAAUAAAUAUAAAUAAAUAAUACAUAAAGAAUCCAAGGCUUCUAGUUUCUUGACAGGAAAUUAGAAUAGAAUGUUUACAUUAAAAGGGCAGAUUAGUUUCUGAGAAAUAUGUUUGCAUGUAGUUGAUACAUGAAUCCAACAUUACCAUUUACACAUGUUAGAGAUAUUGUCUUUCUAAUGUGCUUGAAUUGUGUCUGUAUGAUGUCUACACAUUUCUUAAAUUUCCCAAAUGUAUACUUCUAUUACAGUGAAACUGUAAAAUAUUAAAUCACCCAAUGUGGAACUACAAAGACUGCAAAUUGAGAAGCUGCAGUAGUAGUGCGUUUAUAUUAUGGCAAGUCUGGAACACUGCAGAUACCAAAAAAUAAUCAUUAUUUAAUGAAGAUAUUACUUUUAAUAAAUACACUGUAGUAUUGACUGCAGUUUAUUAAUUGUGUAAUGCAUUGGGGCAAGGUUAUUUAGUGCCAGCGUUUUGGCAGCAAUCAAUCGAUGCGUACUCAUUUGUUACAAAACAGGCAGUUUGUAGAAGCAGUAAUAGUCCCCGAUAGAAGGACAUUAUCUUGAGGCUGUCCUGUCAAUUGCAAAAGCUCAGAUACAAUUUCGUGCACUUAAUGUAAAAUUCUUUAGAAUCUGUAGAAAAGAGUAUGCACAUUAGCUUGCUGAAAUAAGUAAGCAGUAGCAACUCCAGGGAAAUGUAAUGGCAGUACAGUACAGUAUGCAUAGGGUUUGGAGGUUGAUCAAAUAGGCUGGAAUAUAUUAACAAAUAAACUUCUGUGACUAAAUUUCAUAAGUUCAGAGCAUAUUCCCAGGAUGUCCUUGUAUACUAAAUGUAUAAAUUAUGUAAAUACAUCUUUAUACACACAUACAGUGCCUAUAGAAAGUCUACACCCCCUUUCAAAAUGUUCACCUUUUA